CUUCCGGUUUCCAGGUAGGGCGGAAGAGGCGACGACGAGGAAACGAGCCGACGGUGCGUCUGUUUGUUGAGCAAACAGCGAACGACAGAAAGAGGAAAACUCGGGAAAAUGAGCAAUCCAAUCCCGUCUAACCUGAGGUCCGAGGCCAAGAAAGCCGCCAAGAUCCUGAGAGAGUUCACUGAGAUCUCUGCCAGGAAUGGACCGGACAAGCUCAUCCCCGCGCACGUCAUCGCGAAGGCCGAAGGCCUGGCCAUCAUCUCCGUCAUCAAGGCCGGCUUCAUCAUGACGGCCAGAGGAGGCAGCGGCAUCGUCAUCGCCAGGCUCGCCGACAGACGAUGGUCAGCGCCGUCGGCAAUUGGGAUCGCCGGGCUCGGUGGCGGUUUUGAGAUCGGAGUGGAGGUGUCGGACCUGGUGAUCAUCCUGAACCAGCGGCGCGCCAUCGAGGCCUUCACCAAGGGCGGGAACCUGACCUUCGGAGGGAACUGCACCGUCGCCGUGGGACCGGUGGGCCGGAAUGUGGAGGCCGACGUGGCGCUGCGCAGCACCGCCGCCGUCUUCACCUACUGCCGCUCCAAGGGGCUGUUCGCCGGGAUCUCGCUGGAGGGAUCCUACCUGAUCGAGAGGAAGGAAACCAACCGCAAGUUCUACCUCCGCGACAUCCGGGCGUCCGCCAUCCUGAACGGGGACGUGGAGCCGCCGUCGGAGUGCUCCGACCUGUACCACAUCCUGGACGUUUACACCGAGGCCUACUCCUCCGACUGGCACAGCAAGAACCCCACAGUCAAGUCUCUUCCUCCAACCAGACCAGCUACACCUCAGCAAAACAGAGCGCCACCUAGCUUCCAGCCAGCAGGCAACGCCGGAGGAGCAACAGCGCCAACCGGAGGAGGAGGAGGGAGGAAAAAUGUUUUGUACCCGAGUAUCUCCAUCUAUAAGUCUGAAACCUCAGAUAACUAUGCUGCUAAAAAUCCACAAAACUUUGGUGGAGCUUCCUCAGUGGGCGGGGCCAGUGGGGGCUUGGUUGUCACGGCGACCCAUCCAUUCACGGGGCAGCAGCCCGGCGACCUGAGCUUCGUGCCGGGCGACCGGAUCACCGUCACCACCAAGACGGACUCGCAGUACGACUGGUGGGAGGGGCGGCUGGAGGACGGGCGCACCGGCAUCUUCCCCGCCAACUUCGUCUCCUACUGACUCCGCCCCCUGUCCCCCGGAGGGGGAACUGCAGCCGAAGAGCAAACACUCCGCAGGUUUUUCCACACAAAACCAGUCUUUUUAGGGCUUUUAAAAGUUUCAUUCAGUCAGAUUUUUGGAUCAUUUUACACUUCAAACUUCGUCCCGCUGCUCGUCGCUGUUAAUUAGAAUCAGUUAUCCUUGGUGACCAGUGGUCACAACUAAUCAGAGCCCGCUAUUGGUCAUGAGCAGUUUGAACAACUGAUUAGUCGUGGUUACAACAGAUACUUACUUAGUGGUGACUUUUGCUGCUCAUUACUUUUUAGUUUCGCCACUACGAGUUCACACAGAGUGUGACCGGUCAGUGCUGUCCACACUUUCACCAUUUACUUCCUGUGGCCUUCACCUGUAACCACUCAUCACUGGUUAAUAAUAGUAGUUGAUACACGAUUGAUUGGUGUUGGUUACUAGUGUUCACUACCAAGUAGUGCUUGUUUACAGGUAGCUGGUUUGUACUGGUUACUUAAAGCUGCGACGAGUCUACCUGCAGGCAGUACGAGUGUUUUCUGAUCAACUUCCACGAGAAAGUGUCUGGAUUUGUUACAGGUUUCAUUGCAACUCUGAAUCAUCUCUAUUGAACCGAUCGCCGUUUGCGCUGACACUCGUUUUAGUUUCUGCUGAUCUGCACAGACUCACUCUCCAAAAAGAAUCACUUAAAACAAAACAAGAGUCGCUUUCAAAUGUAAUUUCUGUUGAUGAAGAUGUGCAGGUUGAGCAGAGAUGAGCGUUUUCUUUUCUAUGUAACUCACCGGUUAAAAGUCUGUAGAUUUAAGGGGGGAAAAAAAAAAGAAGAAAAACAAACAAAAAAAAAAACAACUUGGACUUUUAGGUUUCCUGUUCUGUUGAAGGUUUAUUGGGAAUAUUCUAAUCUUGGGGCUGGUGAUGGAGCCGGAGAGCAAUGAACACAUUUUCCCUCCUGAAACGAGCUGAAGUUGCACUUUCUGAGUGAGUUGAAGGACGUUUGAUGGAUGGACUCACUUGAAUACCAGCAGAAAUGUUUAUUUUUUUUCAUUCUUUGUUUCUCAGUAUUCAGAGCUUCUGUUACAGUUAUCCUUCAGAUUAUCUUUUUCAAUCAGUUUGUGUGUAUUGAUCAUUAUUUUUUAAAUCGCUUUGCCAUCUUUAUUUUUUUUUUUUUUAAAUAAUUUAGUCAUGUUUUGGGGAACUGUAUGCAAGAUUGAAAUAAAUUAAAUGUAAAAGUGGA